AAAGAAAGUCUUUGGCAUAAAGCUUCAUUUUUGCGCGUUUGCUGUCGACUCUGUUUCAUCGUCUACCUACAGAAUCCUUCAGAAUCCAAAUUUUAGGGUUUCUCUAUUUCCCUUUCUUGGAUCUGAGAUUCUCCGACUCGCAAAAUUCUUCAGAUCUCGCCUUACUUUCUCCUCUUCGGUUCUUCUAGUUUUCAUCACUGACAAAACCCCAAUACCAGAAUGUCACUGAAAUCUCCCGACGGUUACGGAACCAUCUCUUCCACCAUCACCGCCGCCACCACCACAACCAUUGUCACAGACUCACAAUCCUUCUCUCGCGCAAAGCCUACGCGCCGUCCCUGGCCCGAGUUCUUAAAUCUCCACUCCUUCUCUCUCCCCAUCUCGGCUGCCGAUGCCAAGGCUCGCAUAAGGCGGAAUGUCUCUUACUUCCGCGUUAAUUACGCCAUGAUUAUGCUUGUAAUCCUCUUCCUCAGUUUGUUAUGGCAUCCGCUUUCAAUGAUCAUCUUCUUGAUUGUCUUCGUUCUGUGGUGGUUCUUCUACUUCUUUCGCGAUGACCCAGUUGUGGUUCUUGGUAGAGUGAUUGAUGAUAGGAUUGUUCUGGCGAUCUUGAGUUUGAUUACUGUGAUUUGUUUGGUGUUUACUAAAGUAGGUACUAAUGUUUUGGUGUCUUUGAUAAUUGGGGUUGUCGUUGUUGGAGUUCAUGCCGCAUUUAGGAACACUGAGGAUUUGUUUGUGGAUGUAGAGACCGCAGAGGAAGGCGGAUUGCUUUCUGUUGUUGGCGGUCAGCCAUUGAGGCCCACUACUGGUUAUACCCGGAUUUGAUUGUUUAUGAAAUGGCCUUUUGGGAAAUCAUUAGGAUUUGGGUUGUUUUGAGUUUGAUUCAAUGUGGGGUAUCUGGGGAUGUUCUGAUUUGGCCCUUCUUGUCCUGAGCUUCUGGAUGUAGGAUUUGAUGACCAUUUUGUUCAUUAAAGGAUCCUUUUUUGAUGUUCACUGAGAAUUGUUUCAUUUCUUUUUUGAUUAAUAGUGGUGUUCCAGGUUCCAGCACUAAGAUGUUAAUUUGCAAGGCCUUCUUUGAUUCGUGAAUUGAUCCUGCUGAUUUUUAUUCUUUAGUCAGACUCAAUUAGACGGUGAAAAUUGGAAUUUCAGGGCUUGAUGAGAAUUAGGUAUUUCAGGUUGUUCUGUAUUUCUAAUUCCACAUCAUUGGUUGAAAUUGAAAGCUGUAGAAUUUGUUCCUAACAAUGUAAGCAAAGUCGACUUCACUUCAGGGAACUUGGUGGCUUAUUGCACAAUCACCUUUGUUUUGUAGUUCGGCCUUAUUGCAUUGCCAUGCAAUUUAAUUUUGUAGGAUCGUAGCGGAUGAGUAAUGCCUUGUUGCAACGCAACAAAAAUGAAGUCUUUGGCUGUGAUUCAAAGGUGUUAUGUUGUUACACUGAUUCCGAAAAUGGCUUUAUUCGUUCGAAUCUUGUUGCUGAUUUCCCAGUAUAACAAAACCCAGCUUUAGAUCUUUUGUUUAGGGAGGUUUUCAACCCUGUGUGGUUGUAUUUAAGGCAUAUUUGUGGAUUUUACUUAGCUGAGUUCUUGAAAAAAAAAAAGGAUAUUUG